GGGCGGAAGAAAAGGCGCAUGCGUAGAAUUGUCCGGUGUUUCUGAACGGAGGAAGGGGUUGAGCCGAGUGUUGUGAAGACCCGGUGGGGGAUGCAGCGUCGGCAGUAUCACUUCCUGAAGGAGAGAUGUCCCAGAAAAGACGUAGCAAAAGACCUGUUCCUUCCCAGGCAGAACCCAUGGAAGUGGAUGAAGAAUACUCCUUGACCCAAGCGCCGUCUUCCAGUCAGUCGCAGAACAACGUCCAGCGGCACCCACAGAGUCAGAUGGAUGCCAAAGUGAACGAGCUGGUACGGUUUCUGCUUGUCAAAGACCAAAAGAAAAUCCCCAUCAAGCGGGCAGAUAUUCUGAAACACGUCAUCAAAGACUAUAAAGACGUCUGCCCCGAACUCCUGAAACGUGCCAACCAGACCCUUCAGCAGGUAUUUGGGAUGGAACUGGUGGAAAUUGACCCAAAGUCCCACUCGUACAUCCUCGUCAGCAACUUGCCACCAUUGGAAAUAGAGAGCAGUAAAGAGGACGAGAACACCCCCAAGAUGGGCCUCCUGCUCCUCCUCCUCAGCCUGAUCUUCAUGAAGGGCAACGUGGUCAAGGAGUCUGCUGUUUGGGAGGUGCUGAGGAGGCUGCGAGUGAACCUCGGAGAAAAGCACAAGAUCUUUGGUGACGUGAAGAAACUCGUGACGGAGGAAUUUGUCCGGCAAAAGUACUUGGAAUACAAUCGUCUCCCCCACACAGAGCCCCCAGAGUAUGAAUUCAGAUGGGGACCACGGGCCGCCGCAGAGACUUCCAAGAAGCAGGUCCUACAGUUUGUUGCGAAGAUACAGAACAAGGACCCCACGUUUUGGAUGAGCCAGUACAAUGAAGCUGAAACAGAGGCUAACGCUGCAGGAGGACACUAGCCGUUCAGGUGUUGGAUUGUGGAAGGAGCCGAACAAAUUCCAAAGGGAAACCCUCUAUCUUCAGUCGCCUUGUCUGAUGCUGAGAGAUGGUCCUUGGCUUUCGCUGAAUGGGAGCUGAGUUCUGUAUCAUGCGGUUUGUGUACCAGAUUUCCCUGAGCAGAGGAAAACGUCCGCAAGUGACUGAGAUCAUUCACCCAGCAUUAAAAGAAAUGUGCUUUCUCGGUAGGGCCGUAUGAUUGUAGCUGCAAAGCUAAUUUAUCCUUCUCCCUUGCUGGUUUGUCUGUUUGUUUGUUACAGUUAAGAGCAGGGGUGGAAUUCUAGCAGGAGCUCCUUUGCAUAUUAGGCCACACCCCGAUGUAGCCAAUCCUCCCAGAGCUUUAUUCUGUAAGCUCUUGGAGGAUUGGCUACAUCAGGGGUAUGUGGCCUGAUAUGCAAAGGAGCUCCUGCUAGAAUUCCACCGCUGGUUAAGAGGAAUAUGGGCCAAGGGUAGCAGCGUGUUCAGACAUGGAACUGUUGUGUAUAUUCACCUGCCCCCUGCCACGCGGGUGCCACGUAAUAAAAAUGUCUCUCCGUUAAAAGCAAUAAAGUUAAGAACUUUGA